AUUACUGACGGCGAUCUCGUCAUUGUGUACGAACAAUUCGACGCUAUGAAGGCAGUGUAUGUGGACGCAAAGCAGAACAUCCAAAGCCGCUUUGGAUGCUUCCCCAUGAAGGAUUGGGUGGGCAAGCCAUAUGGAAGCCGAGUGUGCGCCAAGGGCAAGAGCCAGGGGUGGGUACACAUCCUAGCGCCUACGCCAGAGCUCUGGACGCAGGUGCUCAAGCAUCGGACGCAGAUCCUCUAUGCCGCUGACAUAGCCAUGAUCUGCUCAUUCCUGGAGCUGCGGCCCGGCUGCACAGGCAAGGAUCUCCUAUCCCGAGCCACACAGCUUGUGCUGGAGAGCGGGACGGGCAGCGGUUCGCUGACGCACUCGCUGGCGCGUGCCGUGGCGCCGAGCGGCCACGUGCACACAUUCGAUUUUCACCAAAAGCGCGCAGAGGAGGCGGCCGCUGAAUUCGCACGCCACGGCCUCGGCCAACUAGUCACCGUCCAGCACCGAAACAUCGAGGCGCACGGCUUCCCAGAGGACCUCCAUGGCUCGGCCGACGCGCUCUUCCUCGACCUUCCUGGGCCCUGGAAUGUGGUCGCAUCAGCGGCGGCUUGCCUACGGCCGGACGGGGUGUUCUGCUCCUUCAGCCCCUGCAUAGAGCAGGUGCAGCGAACAUGCGUGGCGUUAUCUGACGGCGGCUUCACAGCGCCGCGCACGAUGGAGUGCCUGCUGCGCUCCUACGAGGUGCACAGCCAGCGCAUCACCUGCGAUCUGGACAAGGCUGACGCCGCAGCCGCGGCCGCCGCAGAGUCCAAGAAGCGCAAGCGCGACGGCGGAUAUGUGAGUGAGGGUGAUGGAAAGAGCACUUUCAUAGCAGCAUAUCCAACAGCUGAGACGCGGGGCCACACAGGAUAUCUCACCUUUGCUCGG